AUGUCUCGGCGCAAGCAGGCCAAGCCCCAGCACCUCAAGUCGGACGAGGAGCUGCCGCCGCCGGACGGGGCUCCAGAGCAAGCCGCUGCGGGGGCCAGUGCCGCGGACGGGGACAGCGGGGAUGAGAGCCGCAGUGGCAGUGAGGACAGCAACGUGUGUGCCAAGUGCUGUGCUGCCUUCUUCAAGUGGGCCGACUUUCUGGCACACAGGAAGGCCUGCACACAGAACCCACUUGUGCUCAUUGUGGACGAAGAUGAGCCCGCCCCAGCCUCUGAUGAUGGCCCUGAGCCUUCGCCCGCCAGUUCGCCCAGCGAGCGCACCGACAGCGAGGGAGCCGCCGAGGAGGGCACCGCCGCUGCUGCCACAGAGGGCACCGAGGGCACAGAGGGUGGCGACGUGAAGGCCGCUGAGAAGACAGACGAGCCCAUGGAUGCAGCACCCUCUGGGGACCGCAGCUUCCCAGUCUCCAGCACGCCCAAGGUACCUCUGGUGCAGGCCCCUGAGCAGGCAUCCACAGCCACCUAUGGCAUCCCCAGCACAAACGUGACCCUGGAGACCCUGCUGAGCACCAAGGUGGCUGUGGCACAGUUUUCGCAGGGGGCUCGUGCAGCAGGUGGUGCGGGUACGGGCGUGGGUGCUGCGGCCAUCCCCAUGAUCUUGGAGCAGCUCGUGGCCCUGCAGCAGCAACAGAUACACCAGCUGCAGCUCAUAGAGCAGAUCCGCAGCCAGGUGGCCCUGAUGCACCGCCAGCCCCCAAGGCCCGCACUGAACCCCACGGUGGCUGCGGCUGCCCCGACCCACGGGGCGCCCUCGUCCACCCCGGGGCCUAGCCCGCUGCAGGGGCUGGCGCCAACCCCAGCCGUGCAGCUCGCAGCCGCCUCAGGCCCUGCUCCCGUGGGUGCGCCCUCUGCCUUCGAGGGUACUACACACCUGCAGCAGCCUGCAGCCCCUGCCGGGGCCCCCGCUGUGCCAGCCGAGUCCAGCGCACCCUCCACCUCCGGCCCCACGCCGGCCUCGGCUGGAUCCACAGCGUCUAGCGCCUCACAGCCGCAGAACACCUGCACACCGCUUGGUCCUGGGCCCCUCGUGGGUGCUGCAUCCCUGCCCAGUGCACUUCUACCUCAGUCCUCUUCCAGCAGUGUCAUCUUCCCCAACCCACUGGUCAGCAUCGCGGCCACCGCCAAUGCCCUGGACCCGCUUUCGGCACUCCUGAAGCACCACAAGGGCAAGCCACCCAACGUGUCUGUGUUCGAGCCCAAGGCCAGUGCCGAGGACCCCUUCUUCAAGCACAAGUGCCGCUUCUGCGCCAAGGUCUUCGGCAGUGACAGCGCUCUGCAGAUCCACCUGCGCUCGCACACGGGCGAGCGGCCCUUCAAGUGCAACAUCUGCGGGAACCGCUUCUCCACCAAAGGCAACCUCAAGGUGCACUUCCAGCGGCACAAGGAGAAGUACCCACACAUCCAGAUGAACCCCUACCCCGUGCCCGAGUACCUCGACAAUGUGCCCACCUGCUCGGGCAUCCCCUAUGGCAUGUCAUUGCCCCCUGAGAAACCCGUGACCACCUGGCUGGACAGCAAGCCUGUGCUGCCCACCGUGCCCACCUCUGUGGGGCUGCAGCUCCCGCCCACAGUCCCUGGCACCCACAGCUUUGCCGAGUCCCCCAGUGUCACCCCUGGCAGCCGCUCCCCACAGCGGCCCUCCCCAGCCUCCAGUGAGUGCACCUCCCUGUCCCCUGGGCUGAGUCACGCCGAAGUGGGCAUCCCCACGACGACCACGGUGGCGGCGGCCACUGAGUCCCCCCAGCCGCUCCUCAGUGGGACUUCUCUAAGCAAGAAUGAGCCAACCAGCCUGGGCUUGCCCGGCCCUGGCGCCAGGGCAGGAGACCCUGCAGCAGCCGGCACAGACGGGGUCGGCAGCGGUGCGUCCUGCAGCCUGGGCAGCCCAGGCCUCCCCCCUGUGGCCGAGCAGUUCAAGGCACAGUUCCCCUUCGGGGGCCUGCUGGACUCCAUGCAGACGUCGGAGACCUCCAAACUGCAGCAGCUGGUGGAGAACAUUGACAAGAAGAUGACCGACCCCAACCAGUGCGUCAUCUGCCACCGCGUGCUGAGCUGUCAGAGUGCACUGAAGAUGCACUACCGGACGCACACAGGCGAGCGGCCUUUCAAGUGCAAGAUCUGUGGCCGCGCCUUCACCACCAAGGGCAACCUCAAGACCCACUUCGGGGUGCACCGGGCCAAGCCGCCACUGCGAGUGCAGCACUCGUGCCCCAUCUGCCAGAAGAAGUUCACCAAUGCCGUGGUGCUGCAGCAGCACAUUCGCAUGCACAUGGGCGGCCAGAUCCCCAACACGCCGCCGCCCGACGGCCUGCAGGACGCCAUGGACGCCGAGCUGGCCGCAGGGGCCCUGAGCAGCUACGACGACGACAUGGACGACAACUCCAUGGAGGAGGACGCUGAGCUCAAGGAGGCGGCCGCCGGCGAUGCGGCCAAGCCGCUGCUGGGCCUCGCGGGCUCCUGCCCACCCUCACCGCCCUCCGUCAUCUCCAGCAUCGCUGCCCUGGAGAACCAGAUGAAGAUGAUGGACUCUGUCAUGAGUUGCCCACCGCUGGCCGGCCUGAAGGCUGCGGAGAACGGCUCCGGGGACAGCGACCGGCUGAGCAACGACUCCUCCUCCUCGGCCGUGGGUGACCUGGAGAGCCCGGCGCCGUCCGAGUCCUCAUCCUCCCGGGCGCCGUCCCCGACCCACAGCCACGGCGAGAGUUUCCGCUCCAAGUCCCCCGGCCUCUGCAGCCAGGAGGAGCCGCAGGACAUCCCGCUCAAGACAGAGCGGCCAGACAGCCCCCCGCCCCCGCUGCCUCCUAUGCCCACCCCCGGGAAUGGCGGCGCCCUGGACCUGACCGGCCCCCCGGGCCGGCCGGCCAUCAAGGAGGAGCCCCCCUUCAGCCUGCUGUUCCUGAGCCGCGAGCGGGGUAAGUGUGCCGGCGCGGUGUGCGGGAUCUGUGGCAAGCCCUUUGCUUGCAAGAGUGCGUUGGAAAUCCACCACCGCAGCCACACAAAGGAGCGCCCGUUCGUCUGCGCCGUCUGCAGGCGCGGGUGCUCGACCCUGGGGAACCUGAAGCAGCACUUACUGACGCACAGGUUGAGGGAGCUACCUGCUCAGGUGUGUGACCCCGACUUUGCUCUAGGUCCCAGCCAAAGUACGCCUAGCCUGGUCGCCAGCGCCACACCCGCCAUGAUCAAAAUGGAGAUGAAUGGCCACUCCAAGGCCAUCCCCCUGGGUGAAGGUCCACCGCUGACCGGAGUCCAGGUCCCUGGAGGGCCCCCGACAGCUGUGAGCCCAGGCCUGACACCCAUGCUCGCCCCCCCGCCACGCCGGACGCCCAAGCAGCACAAUUGCCAGUCGUGCGGGAAGACCUUCUCCUCGGCCAGCGCCCUGCAGAUCCAUGAGCGCACGCACACUGGCGAGAAGCCCUUUGGCUGCACCAUCUGCGGCCGGGCCUUCACCACCAAGGGCAACCUCAAGGUACACAUGGGAACACACAUGUGGAACAAUGCCCCUGCGAGGCGCGGCCGCCGCCUGUCAGUGGAGAACCCCAUGGCCCUCCUGGGCAGCGAUGCCCUCAAGUUCUCUGAGAUGUUUCAGAAAGACCUGGCAGCCCGAGCCAUGAACGUGGACGCUAGCUUUUGGAACCAGUACGCCGCCGCCAUCACCAAUGGGCUGGCCAUGAAGAACAACGAAAUCUCCGUGAUCCAGAACGGUGGCAUCCCCCAGCUCCCAGUAAGUCUCGGUGGGAGCGCCAUCCCCCCACUGGGCACUGUGGCCGGCAGCAUGGACAAGACACGCACUGGCGGCAGCCCGCCCAUGGUGAGCCUGGACAAAACGAGCCCCGAGACAGGGGCCGGCCGCCCCUUUGCGAGGCUCAUUGAGGACAACAAGGAGAUUGGCAUAAACUAG